ACGCCCCUCCAAGCCGGCGCGUCAAGUCGCGUCUACCAAUUUCACGGGUUUCCAACGUUGCUGCACUGAUGAUGCUAGUAUAGGCAACCAGCCAGCCAGUGAUGAACGUUAUCUAAAUGAGUUGCUACAACUAAUUUCUCUCCCGAUUUGCCGAAGAGGCAUCUGUCCUUCAUUGUCUGCCCAUCAUCGACAUGGAGGCACAAGAUGGCUUAUCGGAUAUUGUCCACCCCGAAGUUCGGGCACACAUCAACAGUCUGGUGUCUGCUCUAGGCGGUUUGGGUGUCGAUGGUGAGGAUGACGGGAGAUAUGUACUUGGUGAUUCGGCACUGGAGGUUUUGCGCGACAUCAAGAAAUGGAUUCGCUUCUACGAUGAGAAAACCAAUCGUAUGGACGUUGCACGAUGCCUGUUCGAGGCGAAUCUGAUUGAUGGGGACCUUCUACACAUACUCGCCACCUGGCCCGAGAAUGCCACCGACAACAAAUUCAAGGCCCGAGCCGCCCUCGCCUGUUUCGAGAUCAUGGUCCCCCUUACUUGGCCACUAGAACGAGACCUCGACCAGAUGACCGUCAAUCACCACAGACACCUCCCUGUGCUUCAACUCGCCCAACUCGGUUAUAAAAGAGCCAUUAUAAACUACGAUGCCGCUCAGAUACUACACAGUGCCGUCCGCGUUGCAUUGCCAUCCAUGGCGCUCUCCCGGGGAGACCGUACUGCUCGCGAUGAAGGCAUCAUCAAGCUUAUUCUCCUAUUCCUACGAAACAUUGCGAUGAUACAACCUCCGCCUGGAGUCAAAUAUGACGGUGACGAGUCGCAAAUCUCGCGAUCUGCCCUGAUCGAUGCGUUUUCUUAUCAGGACAUCUUUAUCACCAUCCUGACUAUCGCUUCCAAUAUCGGAGAAGAUUUCAACCAGGAAGGCGUGAUAUUGUUAGAAAUUAUAUUUCAUUUAGUAAAACGAGUCGAUGUUACUAAGUUGUUUAUGGAUGAGAAGCAGCUGAGCAAGACAAAGGCGAACGAGCUCACCGUCAUGAUGAACAAAGAAGCAGCUAUGCACCGACCAUACAAUCGUAAAGCCCCAUCUCGGCACAAUCGAUGGGGAACUAUGAUUUGGGUAGACCGUGGCGAUGGCAAGAUGUCUACGGUUACUGGACAAGAUGCACUACUAGAUGCUGCUACUCGGCAAAAAAAAUUAGACAAUAGCAAAGUCUUCCGUCCUCCUCGGAGGCCAACAAAGGAUGAAAUGGAACCCAAGGAUCUUGGCCCUCCUGUGACACUUAACACUCGAGCUCGACAACAACUAAAAAAUUUUGUCGAGGAAUUUCUUGACUCGGGGUUCAAUCCCCUAUUUCAACACAUACGGAAGAAGCUGGACGAUCAGAAGGAUUACAUCUUUGAAUAUCAUUCACGGCAAUUCUUCUAUCUAGUCGCAUGGUUUUUGGAAGCAGAAAGGGCUAGAAAGAAGGCGGAAAAAGGCAAUCAAACCACAAAUCAUGCUGAUGUUGGAAGUUUCAACUUAGUAGCCGGUGUGCUAAACCAACAGACGUUCAUCACGCUAAAUCGGGCGAUGACGGAUUCGAUGGAAAACAAGCGCUGGCAAGAAUUAUGCGCUAAUAUGAGAUGCUUUACUCAAAUCUUGUUGACUGUCCAAGAGAUGCUUGACUCUAGCCACGAAGAAGACGAGGAAAUCGCAGAGAAUAUACUCAGCCGAAUCUUCUACGAGGAAGAGACGCACGACCGUGUGGCGAAUAUUGCCAAGAACUUUAAAGACCAGGGUUUUGAAUAUCUUGAUGCCUGCACGGAGUUGACUCAUACCUAUCUUCGAGUUCUAGAAGCGUAUUCGAAGCAAAACGUGGACAUGCAAGUUCGGUCACGGCGCCGAGUACGAAAAAAUAAGAAGGCAGCGAAAGCUGACGGCGAGGCCGAGGAGAAUGCCAUAGAAGGGCAAGAUGAGUCGGAGAAUGAUGAAGCGAAUGCUGAACGGACAUCACGAGAACGGAAGUUUGACUUCAACAGAUUCGCCAACCGCUUCAUCCCUCAGGGCGUGGUUGACACGUUCGUUGCCUUUACCAAGUACUACCAAGACCUGAACGAAGCACAGCUGAAGCGAGCACACCGGUAUUUCUAUCGAAUUGCUUUCAAGCAAGAGAUGAGCGUAAUGCUGUUUCGGGUCGACAUCAUUCAGCUCUUCUACAACAUGAUCAAGGGUCAAGAGCCAUUGGAUAGCAAUUCUAGCAUAUUCAAAGAAUGGGAAGAGCUGGCGAAGCAAGUCUUGCGAAAAUGCAUACGCAAGAUAGAGGACCGACCACAACUCGUUAUCGAAAUGCUCUUCUCAAAAAUUGCUGCAACCGCUCACUAUCUCGAAUUUGGUUAUGAGAAGCAGACACUCUCAGUUGCCCACUCCAGGCCGGGUGCAGAGCUUGAAUUUCGACACAUUGUGGACAGAGAUCAGCAGGUUGCGAUCGCAGUCGGCGUUUUGCUCGAUAAAAAUUUGAUGCACCAUGUCAAAUGGGUGAAAGACCAGCUGUCGAAUGCCAUCGAGGAGAGAAAGGCGUGGGAAAAUGCUGAAAAGGCUAUAUCGUCUGUUAACCUGAUAGAAACUUCAGACCACCCUGAAGAUGCCACAGCCAAACAGCCACCGUUAGUUUCCAUACGGCCUGAUGAUGAUUCACGCCGUACAGCCAUAUUCAAAAAUUCUCACCUCAGGCUACUCAUGAAAUUAGCCGGAUUCGAGCGGCUCGCACCUACGUUAGAUGAGACGCCCGAGUCUUCAUGGAUUGUUCCGGCGCAGCUAUCGUCCGAGCAACUACAAGAUUCGCUUGAUCUGAUCAAUAAAGCCGAGUUUAAUCCGCCUACCUUUGAAGAUGGUAAACUAGCUCAAGACCAAUUGAGACGCAAAACCGCGCCACGAAAGAAAGCCGUCUUUGACGACGACGAAGAAGGUAUCGAUGAUGAUGAUGAUGAUAUUUUAUUCCCCGCUGGCGGGCCAACCAAUAGAAAGGCUGUCGAUGAUUUCCUCGACAAACCCAAGAAGACAAGACGUCGCCGUCGUCGCAGCGAUGCCGAGCAGUUGACCGAAGAGCAACUUGAAGAGAAAGCCCGCGCUCGCCGAGAACGCGAGAAAGCGAAGGCGAAACGCUUCAAGAGCGAACUCUUCGUACAUGCGAGUGACGACGAGUCAGAUGAUGGGGAGAAGUGGGCCGAAUUCUAUGCUAAUGAGGAGCGGAUACGACAGAAACAGAAAGCUGUUGCGCUUACUGCCUCCGAUAACGCCGCAGAUCGAAAUCCAGCCACGACCGCCGAGAAGCGAAAGGCUAGCUUUCUUGAUUUGGACGGUGAUAGUGACAAUGACGAUGACCUAAUUAUGACGCAAGACUCGGCACCGGGCAGGCUGAAUAGCAGUGCGGCUUUAGCUGACGAUGACGAAAAUGAAGAAGGCGCGUCUGGAACAGAUGAUACACCGCUCUCGUCAACUUCACACAACGGUUCCUCAUCGGGGUCCAAGCGGAGACGCGUUUCCAAGGCCCCAAGUUCACCAGCACGUUCUGCAGAUGUAGAGGAAGAUGAAAAUAUGGAAGAUGCAGGCGAAGAUGGCCCAGCAUCUAAACGAAGCCAACAGCGCCGACCAAGGGCCAGGGCAGGGUUUAUAGUAGAUAGCAGCGACGAAGAGUAAUAAAAGGCCGGGCAUGAUGACUGCAUAGGGAUACGGCGUUUAUUCUUACGGUAUACCAAGGCUCCAGGCGUAUGUCAUGUUGUAUAUGUCGAUUGAGAAUAUCCUGGAGCUGUUUAUUUUAACAAAAGCCAUUGUGUCAUAUAACAUGCAUUUACUGAUUAAACCGAAAUACCCUUGA